CUUGCCUUUUUGUGAUGUUUAAAAAAGAUGCUGCAGCAUAUGAUAGUCGUUUUAACUCAAAGUCCGGUUUUUCAUUGUGGCUGAACGGUUAUUGACAGAAACGUGUCGUUAAUUUAGCUAUCUGCUUUUGUUGUGUAGCGUUACGCUGACUAAGGUAGCAAUGGACCAGCACAGAUCCCACAAUCCCAACUCUAGCUACCAAAACCGCCUGUCAGCAUACAAAAGAGAUAGAGAAGAAAGUGGAAGAAAUCCCUCUGGGAGUAAACACUCCAGACCAAACCACCACCCGUAUAAUAAGUCUGGGUCAACUCCUCGGCAAAACCCACCCAGCUCUCAGGGUUUGAGUACCAAAAGGGAGCUAUAUGAAAGAGACUUUCCAGUGUACAAACAGCCUGUUGAAGUAGGAUGUUUUUCCCUUGACUCUGAGCGUAGAUUUUUCAAUGACAGCAGGCAGAUGAGAUACUAUGUGGAACCUGACAGAAAUCCUAAUUUUGACCUGAGGGAUGGAUACAAAGGCCGCUUUAUAAAGAGAGAUGACAGUGUGAAGGAGAAGCUGGACCACAUCCUACGCUGGAUCUUGGCCAAUAGAUUAAAGCUCAGCUCAAGGGGGACCACGGCCUCACCAUGUGCUUUAGAUGUUGAUGUUGUGACAUGGCGUGGUCAUCUGACCAAGCUGCUGACCUCUCCCUAUGAGACAAGGGAGGGCUGGUUGCUGGCGGUCACCAGGUUCAGGGGGACACUUUAUAUAAGUGAAGUGGAAACAGAAGCUGCUCGUAGGGAUCGGGAGACUCGCACAGAGAGACACGAAGAGAUGAUGUACUGGGGAUACAAGUUUGAGCAAUACACAUGUGCAGAUAACGCCCACAGUCUACCUGACCCAGGCGGGGUGGUUAACACCAAUGAGGCCUUCUGCACUGUGGUGCAAACUCGGCUUGCAGAUCACAGACUCUUGUUCUCCGGUGAGGUGGACUGCCGGGACAAAGAUCCCAACGCUCCAGCUCCUCCUGCGUGCUACAUCGAGCUGAAGACCUCCGCAGAGAUCUGCACCCCCAAACAGCGCAGCAACUUCCACAGGUUUAAACUGCUGAAGUGGUGGGCCCAGUCUUUUCUACCUGGAGUCCCCCGUGUCGUGGCAGGUUUUCGGGAUCAUGAAGGAGUGGUUGUCACUGUGGACACUUUCCCCGUCUCUAAAAUGUCACAUCUCAUCAAGAAUGAACACAACUGCUGGAAGCCAACAGUUUGUAUGAACUUUUGCUGCGAUUUCCUUUCUUUUGUGAAGCGUAUCGCAACUGAAGACAAUCCAAGUGUGGUGUACCUGUUCUCCUGGGAGCCCCACAGAGAUGUGACCUACUCCGUCCACAGGGACUCCCAGUAUUCCUUCCUGCCACGCUGGUAUGUGGAGGAGAUGACCAGUAGUUAAGACUUGUACCUGCAGUCCUAAUUUACAACAAAGACGUGGUCAACUAGGACUGUUAAUUCAGACCUCCAAUGGAGGAUUGUUUCCCCAAAGUACAUUGAAAUGUGACAUUCAUACAGUUUAACAGUUUCUGAGUAGCCUGUGAACUCAUUUUGUGUCACAGAUCGCUACCAUGUAAUGUCUUUAAUUUGUAUUUGUUAAGCGGUAAGAACUGAACCAUGUUUUUUAUCUCUUGCAUGUGGUGAUUUUAAUUAAGCCGUAAUGAUGCAACGUCAAUAUUGUUUCUCAGACUUUAUUAUAACAAUUGAAACAAAAUUAGAAAACAAUGUUUUUAAAAAGUGAAUAUGUAAAUACAUGAAAAUGACUUGCAUCCACAGUUAAAAAGUUCUCUUCAAGUAGGGUGUUAAAAAUAUUUCAGCUUUAAAAAAGCUGUCAUUGGAGAAAAACAAGUGUGAAGAAAACAGUAUACACAGUGUAAUUAUGGUCAUUGACUUUGCUGUUUUAUAACGAAUGGUGACAUAUUUACCAGUUGUGGGCUUCUUAACUAUUAAAUAAAGCUCAUGUUGUUUUUACUAACUUGACUACUAGUGACAUUUUCUUUGUUCAGAGCUUUCUGCUCUCUCACUUUCUAGCCUCAGAUUUUGCAGUUUACUUUUCCGUAAAUUUCAAUUUUCUGCCUUCCCAGACAUGUAUUCCUUUACUCUUUGCUAUUAUUUUUUCAUAAACACCUUUUGUGUGAAAGCUACAUUUUAAUUCCCUUACUCAAAAUGUGCAUUUAUUUGAUAUUGUGAAUUCAACAAGUAACAUUACUCAUCAUAAUGCAUGUGUACCUGAGAACAUCAGGUGUGUGAAAAAGAAAAAAACAUAAUGCUUACUCAAAUCUGGUAAAUAAUGGAAUUUCAACUUUUUUGUUGUUGCAACUAGGCUUCACCACUGGCACGGAUUAUGACAAUGAACAGUCAAAAUAAUGUUAUCUCCUAAAUGUCUUGUUAGAUGUAAGUAAUAUUGAGAGCAGCACCUUUGGUAAUGAUUAAAACUCACGUUAAUAGAUUAAUGAGCCAGUUCAGCAGCAGAAAAAUGAGUGAAUGAACUUUGAAAAUGGUUUUAAGGUGCAAGGCAGGAGAAACCUCCAUUCACCAAAUCAGAGUAAGAGUGCUUUGAUAAAAA